AUCAAUUUCAUUUACGUGACAAUGGCGGCAGUUACUUUGGCAGAACGUCCAAAUCAACAAUCUCAACCGACGUUGAAGGCAAAACCGAGACCUACACCCUUGAGCAGUCUCAGUUUAGAGUCCAUUGUACGUGAUAUCUGGAACGACGACGAGGAUAUUCUGUCAGGCGCCGUUAUUGAUGCACCAACGAACGUCACCAUAUCGCUUCCGAAGCCGGCUAGCACCACACUGGAAGUAGAAACUUCGGAUCCAGAGUCGGUAUUAUUCAAUAAGAUACGAAAAUGCUCGAUAGACUACCGUGGCCAAGUUGGGAAACAGAAAAUCGGUCGGCCAAGGUCAGCGACUACGACUAAGGCGUCUGUCUCAAAUAUGGAGGCCCGCCCCAGUAAAUUGAUAUCGAUGCUGAGCUUGUCAAGUAUUGCGAGCCCUGAAACGCCAAAGUCACGUCCCAGAUCACAGACAUGUGGAUCAAAGCCCUCUUUGAUAUUGGUGGAAUCUAAAAAGGCUAACAAAUUAAUGGCAAAAUCAAGUACGUCUAGUACCUCGAGUGUAGGGAGCAAGAUAAGCCUCAAAGAUUCGAAAUUCAUAGUAAAUGUGAAGAAGAAGAUUAAGUCAUUUAGUUCUGAAACUUUUUACAAAAGAAAUAAGCUUUCAUCUGGGACCUCUGCUGAUUCCUCCCUUAGAAAUAGCUCUUCCCUUUUGGCACCCACCGAUGCAGGUUGCGAUUUGGUACAUAAUUCAGAGGCAACUAUACCGCGGGAUUCUGUUAUAGAGGCAGCAGUGCCUCGGGAUUCUGUUCAGGCAACAAUGCCUCAGAAAUCGAUUCUGGGCACACCAAUACAUCAGGAUUGCAUACUAGUCAAAAAGCAAAACGAUCAGAGGGAUGAUGUGGUGGGCCCCACCAUCGAUAUUGGAGUAUGUAGUUAGUAGUCCUACAACUUAAACAUAACAUGAUAAUAAAAUCAGUCGGUCACAUUUUGCCUACC